AUGUUGGACAUCCAAGGGGAAAAGGCAAAAGGCACAAUAGCAGCUGUGAAAAGAGGGGAAACUGUGAAGUAUCAAGCACAUACAUACAUUACUACUGUUUUAAUUACAAUUUAUUUUCACUUCAGCUUUGCUGCGGAAGUCUUAAGUCCCGGUUUUACGGGACGUGUUGUAAGGGCUGCGCACGUCACCAGUCCAAGGAUUGUCCGUGAGGGUCGUCGACAGUAUCCAACAGCCCAGGAACGAUACGUCAGAGCUGGUGUAAUUCCAAACGUGCGGCUCAGUGGGCGUUCUAAAGCGGUAUUAACGCCCAAGAGAACUCCGACGUCUCCUCUGAUUCCUUUAAGUCGAUCGCCCUCAACUUUCUCUUCGUCCCUCUCGUCGGAUUUCCUUUCUUCGGCAACUCCAAGGAUGCCUGACAUACGGUCAGUCGCCUCCGUGUUGGAGCCAGUUAGCACAAGUAGUGAGUGCGUGAGGGACCCCACAAGUGUUCAAGCUGUUGUUGCAGCACUUCAGCAAGCUCAGGCAGGAAAGGGAGUGAAGCGAGGAUCGUGCUACAUGGAAGCGGAAGACCUUAGCAAGAGACAGAGGUGUAGUACACCUGGAGCCAGUAGUGGCAGUGCUGGGACAACUGCCAUGCCUGUGAAUUACUCAAGGGAUUACUUAGAGGAUAGUCAGAAUCAGGCUGGGAAUGGCCACACGAGCGGAGGGAACGGAGGGGAGAAGCGCGCUUUAGAUUUAAGUCCUUCGCAGGGAAGCUCACAGCAGAUUAGUCCCGAGAACAAACGUCGAUGUGUGUUGGAUCCCCAUGCCCACGCAUCUCUGUCGUCCUUGAAACAUAAGAAAUUAAGGUAUAGUCAGGGAAGUGGUCGAGAUACUCCGUAUUCCAUGUAUGAAUCUAGACACGAUACGGACUCAGAGAGCAACAGGAGUGUCGAUUCUGGCCAGUCAAAAGCUUCAGAGCAAUCCUUACACCAGCAGACAAGUGAGGCUACCGGAGGAGACAGCUGUGUAGUUAGCCCAGGCCCCUCCGAGAGGGACCUUUCCGAUCGUUCUGGGUCUCACACCCCACAAAGCACAAGGGGAGAGAGUUGGAACAGUGUUGUGGGUGGCAAUGGGGGCACUGCCAACACAUCGCGUACAUCCACUCCACGAAAUCCGACGCCUCCCCAUCACAAUCACGUCAUAACUUUAGAAGCGUACAAAGCAGAGAAAACCAAGAGUCAACAGAGAUUAAAGAAAAUGCUUGGUAUGCUCUUUCAUGUUAAUGAAAUUGAAGAGACUGCAUCAUCGAAGUCUGGAAGUUCAACUCCAGUUACAAGUGUGUCUAGCACCAAAGUUGCUUCUGCUGAAGUUGCUACAACCCCAACAACCUCAGCACUGUCAUCUCUGGUUUCCAUAUUGGAUGAUAAAGUGUCAUCCAAAACAAGUAUUGAAAGCAGUACUACGUCAUCCUCCACUACUGUUGCGACAGUCACACCAGCUGAAACCAGCAAAAACGAAGUGACAACUACAUUUACCUUCUCUUUGAAACCAGCUUCAUCAGUAUCAACGCCUAGUGCAGAGAAACCAACAGGGGAGCCAGAGGAGAAAGAAAAGGAAUCUGGUUCAAUAGAACCAGUGGAAAGCAAUGAAGUAUCAGUUAAUGCAGUGAUAAAGCUUCCUUCAGUUGUGGUAAGUGAAGCAGAACAGCCCUGUACUGAUGAUUCAUCUAAUACUUCACCACCUGCUGAACCUCCUGUAUCAGUGGCUGAAAUUGUUAAGAAACCCUCAACCUUAGUUGAUUUUCUUAAAAGUACAGCACCACCUAAGACAUCUUCAGGAGUCAGUGACACUCUUGCAGCAAAUCCACUUCUCCAAAGUCAGUUGUCUAUGCCAUCUCAGAUCUCUGUUACACCUGCAGCCCCUGUAAGUGAAACAAGUCCUUUAUUAUAUAUUCCAACUUUACCUGCCACUACCACCGCUACCCCCACCCCUAGUGGACAAAUCAGUUUAGGAGCAUUUGCCCCAGCUAAAACACCAGAUACAUCCUGCAGCCCAACAUCAGCUGGCUUCACUUUCUCAGCAUCAUCAAAUACAAAGGUACCCUCUCUCUUUAGUUUUGGUGUGUCCUCAUCUGCUACCCCACAGUCUGACAGUAUGAGUGCUACGUCUGUGUCCAAACCAUCUUUAUCGCCUUUUGUUUUUGGUCCCGGGAGCACAGAGAAGUUGCCGAGCACAUCACUGGCCGCUACGUCAGCACCAUCAGUUACCAGCAGCAGUGUAAAUACAUCAGGUGGAUUGGCUUCCGCCUUCAUAUUUGGCAGGACACCUGUUACAAGUAGUGAACCAAGAAUUCCACCUCUUGCAAGUAGUGAACCAAGAAUUCCACCUGUUGCAAGUAGUGAUCCAAGAAUUCCACCAGCUUUGCCAUCAACAGCUGUGCCAACUGUCCCUAGCUUUACCAUCCCUAGUGCCACUACAUCAUCACAGGGUGGUAUUUUUACUUUUGGUUCGGUAAAAACGACAGCGCAGUCCCACGAGUCUACUCCAAGUAUCUCCACUGUUGGUAAUUCUGGCCAGACUACUUCCACUCAGGCAGGCAUGAUGUUUACAUUUGGGGCAAGCACCCAAGGACCCACUAAAACUUCAGCCCCAACUAUCUCGACUCAGCAAGUAAGCAACCCACAAGUGUUGCCAUUUAAAGAUACAACACUAGUUUACAUCAUCUGCAACUACUGGGCUUUUCUUUUGGGUGCUCCAUCAGGAGGAACUUCAACUUCCACUGGAGCAUUAACACAAAAUGUUGUCUCGCCUUCAUCCGUUGCUUCAACUCUUCAGCCUGGUACAUUUACCUUUGGUCAGCCAGCAACUUCUCAGGCAGCCCCAUUAACUACUUCUUCAUCUGGAUUUAAUUUUUCAUCUACUCUUCAGACUACUGGAGCACCAUCAGUCUUCCAGUUUGGAACAACCACUGCUUCACAGGAGAGUAAAGCUCCAGCUCCCUCUAAUCAGCUUUUCCCACCACCAGCUGUUGUAAGUUCUCAGGGCAGUGUGACUUCGUCGCCGUCACCAUUUACUUUUGGGUCAUCUGGAACCGGCACCUCGGCAGCCUCUCCAUUUUCCUUUGGUGCUCCCAAAACUGAUAAUCCUGCUACAACUUUUGGAAGCAGUGCAGAUUCUUCUCUGAAGCCAGUAACACAAUCUGGCUUUACUUUUAGCACUACUCCAGCAGCCACAACCAAUAAUACCUUUAGCGCUGUCACCCCCUCAUCAACUUCUAAUGCUUUUAGUUCCACAACCAACACUUCCACUGCUUCUUCCACAGGCUUUAAUUUUGGGGCAGCAGCAUCCAGUGGGUUUUCAUUUGGUAAUUCUACAAAGCCACCAACAACUACCACAGCUGCAAGUGUGAGCCCAUUCUCAUUUGGUAGCACUGCUGCAAACAAGACCAACUUUGGUGCGCCAACAACUACGACAGCGUCACUCAGCUUUGCUCCCAAUACAGGAGCGGCACCACCUACAUUUGGUUCCAAUCCUCCUCCCUCCUGGAUUUGGUGCUCCUCCAACAACCAGCACUGCAACCUUGGAACUGCAACACCAAGUUUUGGUAGCAGCACAAGUAGUACCACUGCACCAUUCCCUACUAACAAUGGCUUUGGGUCCACUUCAACCAAUCCAUCUUUUGGGUCCUCAUUUACAACGGGAGGAAGCAGUACCCAGCCGGCACCAACUACAAAACCCCACCCUUUUGGUGCACAAGGUGGAAGCUUGACAUUUGGAACCCCAAGCAACGCGCCUAGUUUUGGAGCACCGUCAGGUACUGCUGCUCCAGCCGCCCCGGCAUUUGGAGGGCCCAGUGCUACUCCAGCUGCGCCAACCUUUGGUGCGCCAACUAAUGGUACGCCUACAUUUGGUAAUAAUUCUACAACUGCAGCCUCUGCUACCUUUGGUGCGACGCAGACGCCUUCCUUGGUUCGUCAUUCGGUGCUGCUUCGACGAGCACUGGAAACAACACUGCUACUUCCCCUUUCCAGUUUGGGCAAAGCACGGCGAGCCCUGCGCCAACCUUUGGCUUAGGUGGAGGA